AUGUCGAUUCCCGCUCAGACCGCAGCCCGAUGCUGCCGACAGCUCGUCCGUCCCUCCACUUCCUCUCUGCGCCUUUCCACCUCCACAUAUCUGUCUCAGCGGACACCCUGCCGGAGAUGGCAGUCUACGGAAGCAGAGGCCGCUGCUGCCGCUCCUGCCAACCCCAAGAUCACCACGAUCGUUGACCAGAUUAGCCAAUUGACGCUGUUGGAGACUGCGGACCUGGUGUCCACCUUGAAGACCCGCCUGAACAUCCCCGACCUCCCAGUUGGCGGCUUCGCCAUGGCUGGUGGUGCCGCCCCCGCCGCCCCCCCCGUUGAGGAAGACGAGCCUGCCCCCGCUCCCCAGGAGAAGACCCUGUUCAACUUGAAGCUCGAAGAGGUCGACGCCGCAUCCAAGGCCAAGACCAUCAAGGAGAUCAAGGGUCUGCUCGGUCUGUCUCUGGUCGACAGCAAGAAGUUCGUCGAGAGCGUGCCCAAGGUUCUGAAGGAAUCCGUGCCGAAGGAGGACGCCGAGAAGAUCAUCGAGACCCUCAAGGGUGUCGGUGCAAAGGUUACUAUGGAGUAAUGGUUAUUCGGUUUUCGUGCGGUUCUGGUUUUUCUGCCUCGGGUCGGGUGGUUUUAAUGCAAUGGAAUGGGUCAUGCUCUCUCUUACGCCCCGCUGUUUGCCUGUUGAGAAUUGGGACGGUGAGAU